AUGCCCUCUACCCCCACCAUCACCGCCGCCAUCUCUGUCGGUGACAAGUUGCCGGAAUCCACCUUCUCCUACUUCGAUGCUACCUGUGAACUCCAGACGGUCACCGUCUCUGACCUCACCACCAAGAAGAACACAAUCUUGUUUGUGGUUCCCAACACCUUCACGCUAACCUGCUCACAGAAGCACCUCCCGGGCUUCAUCGAGCGGGCGAUUGACUUCCGGUCCAAGGGUGUGGACACGAUGGUGAAGGCUGUUGUGAACCAGGUUACAGACAACUACUACAGGCCAGAUCUGAAGAAUGUGAUGCUUGCUAGGCUGAGUGUUGACAAGGGUGCUCCCCCACCAUCACCAGAGUCAGACGACUAG